AUGGCCGCUAAGACAGGAAUUGCUAUUGGUUUAAACAAAGGUAAGAAGGUCACUAGCAUGACCCCAGCUCCAAAAAUCUCUUAUAAGAAAGGUGCUGCUUCCAACAGAACUAAGUUCGUUAGAUCUUUGGUCAGAGAAAUCGCUGGUUUGUCUCCAUACGAAAGAAGAUUGAUUGAUCUAAUAAGAAACUCUGGUGAAAAGAGAGCUAGAAAGGUCGCAAAGAAGAGAUUAGGUUCUUUCACCAGAGCCAAGGCUAAGGUUGAAGAAAUGAACAACAUCAUCGCUGCCUCUCGUCGUCACUAA